AUGAUGUUCUUGGAGCUCCUAGUGGAAAAAAGUGAUUGCUUUCCUUUGGACUUGCUUGUCUUCAACAUAGCUUUGGCCUUCUUCAAUGGCGUUCUUGCUGUAAUUGCGUUUUCUCAGCUGGUCAGGAUUCACAUGCGCAAUCGACAAAGUGGAUGGACACGCCAAAAAGUACUCCACCUCAUGAUUGGCUCUUCUAACUUGGGUUACUUCAUAUAUUUUACAUCUACGUUGGUUGCAGCUUGUAAGAAGUGGUUUUGCUGGUCUAAUGUCUGCGGGUUCAUCCUAAUGGCCUACCCCAAAAUUCUGUUUCUCGCAGCUUUUCUUCUACUCCUAUCCUUUUGGGUCGACCUUUGCCAUCAGGCAAAUGAUGACGAGGAGGAUGACGAGGACGAUAGCAUGCAGCAGGCCUUGUUGGAAAAUUCAAAGAAUAAACCUAAUUCAUCAAACAAAGAUGGUCAUCGAAUUUGUUGUUCAUUCCAAAGCAUUCAUGUUGGAAGUCACCAAAAAUUUGUGAUUGCGGUUGUUGUGCUUGUCCUUGUUCUGAUGAUGUCAUUUGCUGUGGUAAUCUGGAUCGGUGUGGGUAAGAAUCCCAUUGAUUCUUCAGCAGUGGCUCAGGCAUAUGAAGACUUUCUUGCUUUCACAGUUCUUUUAUUAGGAGGAGCAUUAGGUUGCUACGGUGAGAGCACUGACAACUUGCAUCACGAGCAAGUCCCAUAUAAGAAAAACUUAUGA